ACAACUCGAAAAAAAAAAAGUAUCCAGCACGACCGUUGUUAACUUUUAUUCAGCCCAUUUUUCUUUUAUUUUCCAUCUUAUAGCUUGCAUUCGCCCUUCAGCAAGCGAUCAGUGAAAUCAGCCUACCUUAAAAAGUGUCAGAAGCUGUUGGAUAACAUUCCCCCCAAAAUAGAUACCCAUACAUUCGUUGCAACCCAAAUAUAAGUUUUUCUUAUCCAUGGAAUCCGGAAAAACAGCACACUCAAGAGGAGUCAAUGUUGCAGCUGUUCCUGGUAAUACAAACCAGAUGUAUAUAACUGAGCCUUCGUAAUGCAGUUGUUUAUUAAUUAUAAUUUAAAAGACUCGCCACUACCUUCAAAUCACAUAUCACAGUGUAUUACAGUAGUUGCAAAAGACGGUAGAACUGGGAAAGAUGUACGGUUAGAUUAUAUAUUUGAAAAAGUCAUUGGCAAUGGAUCAUUCGGUGUCGUUUGUCAAGUAAAAUUAUUACACAACGGUGAGAAAGCAGCUGUCAAAAGAGUUUUGCAAGAUAAACGCUUUAAAAACAGAGAAUUGGAAAUGCUUCGAUUGAUGAACCAUCCAAAUAUCUGCGGUCUGCGAGCAUACUUUUAUAACCAAGGGAACAAGAGGGAUGAAAUUUUCUUAAAUCUGGUUUUAGAAUACGUACCCGAAACUGUUUAUAGAGUAGCUCGGCAUUAUGCAAAGAUUCGGCAACCUAUACCCAUUUUGCAAGUAAAGCUUUACAUAUACCAGUUGUUCAGAGCAUUAGCAUAUUGUCAUAGCAUUGGUAUAUGUCAUCGAGAUAUAAAGCCUCAAAAUUUGUUACUUCAUCCAAUUUCUGGAGUGCUUAAAUUAUGUGAUUUUGGCAGCGCGAAAAUAUUGAAUUCUGGUGAUUCUAACGUAUCUUAUAUAUGCUCCCGUUAUUAUCGUGCGCCAGAGCUUAUAUUUGGUGCAGCCAACUAUACGACGAAAAUCGAUAUAUGGUCUGCUGGCUGCGUGAUGGGAGAACUUUUGCUGGGCCAACCACUAUUUCCGGGUGAAAGUGGAGUUGAUCAAUUGAUAGAAAUUAUAAAGGUCUUAGGAACUCCCACAAGAGAUCAGAUAUUAACAAUGAACCCAAAUUAUGAAAACCACAAUUUCCCGUUAGUCAAGCCUCAUCCAUUGACUAAGAUUUUCAGGAUAAGGACGCCGCCCGAAGCUAUUGAUCUAAUGUCAAGAAUAUUACAAUACGAUUCUAUACUGAGGCCAACAGCCAGCGAAGCUUUGAUACAUCCUUUCUUCGACGAAUUACGGAAUCCUGAUACGAAGAUGCCUACUGGAAGAGAGUUGCCGCCAUUAUUUGAUUUUUCCAUCGAGGAAUUAUCUAUUCAACCCUCUUUCAUCCAUAAACUUGUGCCACCUCAUUGCCAUGCAGAACUUGCCUCUAGAGGAAUUUAUAUCAAUAACAUUAAUACCAACGGCCGCUGAUAAUUCUCAAAGGAAUAAAAAACUGUAAUCAACUUUUGGC